CUCACAACCCUUCCAUGCUCCUCUUCCACACCCCUUUCCCCUUCCAUCUCACCUCUCCUUUUGCCUCCCAUCUCCUCCUUUUCCUUGGUUCUUUACAUCCCUCCAAAACUUUCUAUUUCAACCUAUGAAAACAAUGGUUUCCAUGUCUUCUUCUUAUGGAUUCUCUUACCACAACAAAGUCGAGAUCAGAAGGCUGGGAUCAUAAUAGCUGGCUUCCUUGAUGCUUCUCUACCAUCUUGGGCUGUCACUAUUAACCAUACCCACAUUCUACAAAAAAAAAAAAACAUAUCCACAAAUCUACAUUGCCAUUCUUACCAGGAGACAAGAAAGGAAAGAUAUGCACAUGUUUGGAAAAUAUUAUCCUUCUCAAAGGUGUUUUUGGUAGUCUUUCCCAUCCCAACUUUAUUCACGCCACCUUUGCCAGCCCAAUUCACGCUUAAUUAUCUUUCUUUCCUCCUCUUCAUUUCUGGAAGGGAAGGAAACACCACAAUUACCUUCUCUUCUUCUACCUCUGGUCCUCUGCCUCUCUCCCAUCCCUUUCUUCUCCUCCCCCACCACGACACAACAAAGAAAGCUGAGGCGAAGAAGACAUGACCCAGCUGUGCAACUCUGACAUCCACCUCCUCCUUGGCCUACUAUUGGAUGACCUCCUCUCCUUUUGCUCCUUCUUAGCCUCCCAUCCUCUCCCUUUGGCCUACUUUCUCUACUUCUUCCCUUAUUUUUUCCGGCUUCUCUCAUUCCUCUCUCCACUCAUCCUCUCCACCUCCCUCCUCCUCCUCGUUCUCCUCACCAUCUCCCCCCAUGACCUCAAUUACUCACCACCUGAGUUAUUCGGAAACGCUUGCUCCAUUGUACUCAAUACUUUAAAGGCAAAGCUUGAAGGCGAUUCCUCAGCCGAGCUACUAGAGCAACUGGUAUCGAUGGUUCUUGCACCACUUGACGAUGCUAGGCCGUACUUCAAAGAUCCAGUCAUGCCAGCGCUGGAUGGUGAUGGUUUGUUUGAGCUGGAGUUUCAAACCAUGGGUGAGUUCUGCAAUCAUUCUAGUCUACAUUGUAUAGUAGAAGAGAGCCCUAUUAAACUUGCUCUAGACAAUUCUCAAGAAAGUAACCUUAUGGUUUCCAAUCAUGGAAUUGGAGAUGAAAGUUUUAAUGGUGAAUUAGGAGAGAGCCCCUUUAUGGAUGCUUUGGAGGACUCUCAAGAGAGUGAGCCUUUAGUAACACCCCUUGGAGUUGGAGAUCAAGGUGAAGCUGACAAGGCACAGUUAACCAACAAGGUUGCGGAGGAUUUGUCGAAAGCUUUUGAGCUCAAUAACUCAAGCAGAAAACCUGACCCAGCUGCUGACAAUGUAGGAGGAGAACUUAUGAGAUCUACUUCAAGAAGAAGAAAACAGAGUACAUACAGAGACUCUGACUGCCUUCAAAGAGAUAAUUCUAUGAGAAAGGAGAGAGAGUGGAAGAGAACAUUAGCUUGCAAGCUUUAUGAGGAGCGAAUGACAUAUAAGCUAUGCGAAGAGAGAACGGUCGUUGAGGGUGGCGAAGAGAUGGAUUUGCUUUGGGAGGCUUAUGAGGUUAGUGCUUCCAAAGAUGAUAAGCUGAAGAACAAUGGAAAGAAAGGAAAGAAAGUUGAGCUGGAAGAGGAAGAUGAGGAAGAGGUUGGGCAAUUGUGUUGCCUACAAGCAUUAAGGCUCUCAGCAGGAAAGAUGAAUUUGGGAGUUGGGAAGCCUAAUCUGAUGAAGAUAUCCAAGGUCUUGAAAGGAAUGGCUAUGUUUCAGCGUGUUGGUAGGCGAAGUAGCAGAAAGGGGUGAGAAAUUGGGCUACCUAUAGAUAAGAAGCUUAUAUGAGCCAGUGUUAGUCAAGCAAUAAGCUUGAUAUGUGAUCUCCAUGUCUAUAGAAGCACCUCCAAGGAACAAUGUCUAUAGUAUAUAGAAUCUUGUAACUUGUUUUCUAGAUAAAUGUUUUCCUUGCUAUCAGCUAUUAAUUCUUCUCUUUUCCAUUUCACUUUUGAAAUGACUUACUGGCUUCUCUCGGAUCAUUUUUUGUAAAAGUGUGUUUACAAACAUCAAUGGGCUUAUUUUGAGCUCUGUGACUCUGAAUGGAAUUAUAAAUAACUAUGGUUUUAUAU